AUGGAACCGUCUUCACAACCUCAGCCUGCAACGGGUGAUGUCGUUGCUGGUGGAUCACAAGUGUAUCCUGCCUCAGCCUAUCCACGUGCAGCAACAAUAGCGGUAGCUCCUGGUAUCAUUCCUGCCGGUUCACAGCCAGCAUCACCAUUCCCUGCCAAUCCAGCCCAGCUCAACGCUCAAAACCAGCUUAUCUACGAGCAAGCGCAGCAAUUUCAGCAGCAGCUCCAGCAGCAGCAGCAGAGGCAGCUGCAGCAGUUCUGGGCCGAACGACUGUCGGAGGUUGAUCAGGCCACCGACUUCAAGAACCACACCUUGCCACUCGCCAGGAUAAAGAAGAUCAUGAAGGCCGACGAGGAUGUCCGCAUGAUCUCUGCCGAGGCCCCGGUGGUCUUUGCGAAAGCGUGUGAGAUAUUCAUACUGGAGCUGACGCUGAGGUCGUGGAUGCACACCGAGGAGAACAAGCGCCGGACCUUGCAGAAGAAUGACAUCGCCGCCGCCAUCAGCAGGACCGACAUCUACGACUUCCUGGUGGACAUAAUCCCCAGGGACGAGAUGAGGGAGGAGGGGGUUGGGAUUCCCAGGGCCGGGCAGCCGCCGCUCUUGGGGGACACGCCGUACCCGUACUACUAUCCGCAGCAGGUGCCAGGUGCGGUGAUGGGGUACGGUGGCCAACAGGUGCAGCAGGGCCAUCUGCCGUAUGUGUGGCAAGAUCCUCAGGAGCAACAGCAGCAGGGCCCUCAUGCGGAGCAACAUCAAUCUGAAAGCGGCUGA